AUGUUACUCUCGUGUACAUGUUUAUAUUCUGCCUUGCUGCUUUUAGGGUGUGACUACACAUCGGCAGUUAGAUACGACCCAACAUGGGAAUCAAUAGACAGUAGACCACUACCAUCCUGGUAUGAUGAAGCAAAGCUUGGUAUUUUUAUUCAUUGGGGAGUAUUCUCGGUACCGUCAAUAUCAUUUCCUCCGUAUGGUAUGGUGGCGUGGUUUUGGACGUAUUGGAAAGGAGACAAAUUACAAGCGUUUGACAACUAUAUGAAAGCUAAUUAUAGACCAGAUUUUACUUAUGCUGAUUUUGCUGAACAAUUUACUGCUGAAUUCUAUGAUGCCAAUGAAUGGGCAGACAUUUUUAAUUCUUCUGGAGCAGAAUAUAUCGUAUUUACUAGUAAGCAUCAUGAAGGUUUUACAAACUGGCCCUCUAAUCAUUCGUUUAACUGGAACUCAAUGGCUGUAGGACCUAAACGAGACAUCGUUGGCGAGCUUGCAAAUGCUAUAAAAACAAAGACAUCACUUCAUUUUGGUUUGUACCAUUCUCUUUUUGAAUGGUUCCAUCCUUUGUAUUUACAGGAUAAGGCCAAUAAUUUUACAACUCAAAACUUUGUCAAUACAAAGACUUUGCCAGAGCUUUAUGAAAUUGUAAACGCUUACAAACCGGAAGUCAUAUGGUCUGAUGGCGAUUGGGAGGCUUCAAGUGAUUAUUGGAAGUCAACAGAUUUUAUAGCCUGGUUGUAUAAUGAAAGCCCAGUCAAAGAUACUGUGGUAACAAACGAUAGAUGGGGCAGCGAUGCAACCUGUCAUCAUGGUGGUUUCUUGACUUGCUCAGACAGAUAUCAACCUGGUGUACUACAGAAAAGAAAAUGGGAGAAUGCAAUGACCAUUGAUAGUAUAGCUUGGGGUUUUAGACGAAAUGCCGAAAUUAAAGAUUUCCUAACAACUCAUCAACUGAUAACUACUUUUGUAGAAACGGUCAGUUGUGGUGGUAAUAUGUUAAUGAAUGUUGGUCCGACAAAAGAAGGUAGAAUUAAUCCUAUAUUUGAAGAGAGACUGAGAGACAUGGGAGCGUGGUUAAAUGUCAACAAUGAAGCAAUCAAGGGUUCCAGACCAUGGUCACAUCAAAAUGACACAUUAACACCAGAUAUAUGGUAUACCAUGAAAGACUCCGCUGUUUAUGCUGUAGUACUUGACUGGCCAAUGGGAACUACUCUUAGCUUAGCAGCCCCAAUGCCACAAACAAACACCGUCGUUACAAUGCUUGGGUAUCCUGGCCCUUUUCAAUGGAAAGCAAGACCAUCAUCUGGUCUUGAUAUCACGAUUUUGCCAAUAGCUGCUAAUAAAUUGCCGUGUAAAUGGGCAUGGGUUUUGAAAUUCACUAAUUUGGAGAAUGUUUAA